GCAGACCUGACCACCCAGCGCGGCAGGGUGUUCAAGCUACGCAACGAGACCCACCACCUGUUCGUAGGGCUCUACCCGGGAACCACCUACUUUUUCACCCUCAAAGCCAGCACCAACAAAGGCUUUGGACCCCCUGUCACCACCCGCAUCGCCACCAAGAUAGCAGGUGAGGGAGACUUCUUCAGAGCAGAUAGUAGUAGUGAUGUUUCGUUGGUAUCCUAAAUUCACAUACAUACAGCUGCAAGCACUAUGACAUAAAUUACGUGAUACAUGCACCAUUGUACUAUGGUAGUUUUGUUCUCAUUUUUCAUUAAUUGUUUUUGUUUUUGUUUUUGUUUUUUAUCCAUUGUAAAAAAUAAAUAAAAACUGUAAUUGACCGUAAUUAACAUGAACACAUUUAGCAUCUCCUGGCUUCCACACAUAGCCUACAAGCCACUGAUGCAGAACUUUGGAACAUCUACAUUUAAAAAAGUAUAAUAAUGUAAUAUAGCCUACACCUUCACAAUAAAUCCACUAUUUAUUUUAGACAGGUCUAAAGAAACAUGAUAUGAAGAAAAUGUAGUCUAUUUCAGAAGAACAGAAUAGCAUACUCUGAGUUGUCCUUAUGUUAGGUCCUCAUCUGGCUAUGCCAAAUGGCUGUGGGCUACACUAGUUCAUUUAGCAGAGAAGAUUUGCUUAGAAUUCCGUGGCAUUAUUUUAUAUUAUUUUAUAGUAUGAAGAAUACAAUUGAACAUAGCUGAAGAAAAUAUAAAGGAUAUUUUCUCCAAACGAUUUGAGGGAGUGCACACGUGCGGCUAUUCUGUGUUGAGCGGUUAACAAAGAAACAGGUACUCCUAUAUGCUUAAUUUAGAAUUAUUUAUGUAACUUUAGUUGCGAUACAAAUGUUGGGCUAUAUGUUUAGAUUUUUUAUACAUUCUAAGGCUGCAUGAUGCGACUCUAAUGAUGAUUUGAAAAAGGUUUCAUGAAAGGCAUGAGCUCUGCUUUGUUUUUUGUGCAGGCUGUACACACUUCAUCAGUCUCUCAUUCAGAAUUUGACAAGCAAUUGAUAAUGCCUCGAAUUUCCCGGCUGCAUCCCCUUUGUGUGGCCAUAAUGCCCCCUAAAAAAUUCCAUCCCUUUCGCGGCCGUUGUGCCCUUGGGCUGAAUAUAAUAAUUAUAAUUCCCUUCUCCCGGCUGCGUGCCUAAGGACCUCUCACUCACAUGGCUCUUAAUCACAUGAUCGGGUCUUUCUCACAGGCUACAAGUGAAGACAGACACAUCGGGGACGCAACUGUGCGCGUCUUUAUCCAAUUCCGAGGUGCAUAUUGAAGAUAUUGGAAGAACUGUCCACAUUUACUUUUUGUCAGCCAACAAGAUGAGUAGGCCUAAUGAACAGCAAAAGCACUAGCCUAUGUCAAUCUACUAUCCCCCAUAGUACAAAAGUUGAUCUAUUCUAUUCUGUGCAACAAAUAAACAUUCCAAACAUAGUCUGGGACAGUUGUGGGAUGCGAUAGAUCCCAAAUUAAUACAACCACUAGCAUUAAAAAAACUGUGUUAAGCAAUGAGCCUGACGCAACAGAUGAGAACAUUUAGCUUAAAAUGUUGAUAAACUAUUAGGCUAUUUCUUCACAUUAUAAGCACAGCAAUGCGCACAUGGCAGUAGGCUAUAAGCGUGAAUGUUCCAUUAGCAGGAAAAUACCAUUCUCAAGAAUGACCACAAAUGUGAUUAUGCAUGUAAUGCUUUUAUUGAAACUCAUGCUCUGCGUAUGUAUGCCAGUUAGGCUCUACACUCGUUGUAAAGUGGAUUAAUGUGCUUCAUUUUAAGAAGUUAUUUGGCCACUUUAGUUGUGAUACAAACCUUAUCAAAACAUAUAGGCCUAUGGGCUAGGCUACAUGAGGUGUGCGACUAUGAUUUGAAAAUGUCGCAAAAAAAGCAUGUGCUGUUUCUUGCCUUAAGCUGGACAUCAUUCACAAGUGAUAAUAUAUCCUUCACUAGUGAUAGGCUAAUAUUGUCACCCAUCACACUAUUCUUGAUUUAAUAUUGUCUUUACAUACACUAAAUAAUACACAGUACCAGUCAAAAGUUUGGACACACCUACUCAUUCAAGGGUUUUUCUUUAUUUUUAAAAAUGUUUACAUUGUGGAAUAAUAGUGAAGACAUCAAAACUAUGAAAUAACACAUAUGGAAUCAUGUAGUAACCAAAUAAGUAUUAAACAAAUCAAAAUAUAUUUUAUAUUUGAGAUUCUUCAAAUAGCCACCAUUUGCCUUGAUGACAACUUUGCACCCUCUUGGCAUUCUCUCAACCAGCUUCAUGAGGUAGUCACCUGGAAUGUAUUUCAAUUAACAGGUGUGCCAUCUUAAAAGUUAAUUUGUGGAAUUUCUUUCCUUCUUAAUGCGUUUGAGCCAAUCAGUUGUGUUGUGACAAAGUAGGGGGGGUAUACAGAAGAUAGCCCUAUUUGGUAAAAGACCUAGUCCAUAUUAUGGCAAGAACAGCUCAAAUAAGCAAAGAGAAACGACAGUCCAUCAUUACUUUAAGACAUGAAGGUCAGUCAGUACGGAACAUUUUAAGAACUUUAAAAGUCUCUUCAAGUGCAGUCGCAAAAACUAUCAAGCGCUAUGAUGAGACUGGCUCUCAUGAGGACCGCCACAGGAAUGGAAGACCCAGAGUUACCUCUGCUGCAGAGGAUAAGUUCAUUAGAGUUACCAGCCUCAGAAAUUGUAGCCCAAAUAAAUGCUUCACAGAGUUCAAGUAACAGACACAUCUCAACAUCAGCUGUUCAGAGGGGACUGUGUUAAUCAGGCCUUCUUGGUCGAAUUGCUACAACUACUAAAGGACACCAAUAAGAAGAAGAGACCUGCUUGGGCCAAGAAACACGAGCAAUGGACAUUAGACCGGUGGAAAUGUGUCCUUUGGUCUGGAGUCCAAAUUUGAGAUUUUUGGUUCAAACCGCUGGUCUUUGUGAGAGGCGGUGUGGGUGAACGGAUGAUCUCAGCAUGUGUAUUUCCCACCAUAAAGCAUGGAGGAGGAGGUGUUAUGGUGUGGGGGUGCUUUGCUGGUGACACUGUCUGUGAUUUAUUUAGAAUUCAAGGCACACUUAACCAGCAUGGCUACCACAGCAUUCUGCAGCGAUACGCCAUCCCAUCUGGUUUGGGCUUAGUGCGACUAUCAUUUGUUUUUCAACAGGACAAUGACCCCACACACAUCCAGGCUGUGUAAGGGCUAUUUUACCAAGAAGGAGAGUGAUGGAGUGCUGCAUCAGAUGACCUGGCCUCCACAAUCCCCUGACCUCAACCCAAUUGAGAUGGUUUGUGAUGAGUCGGACGGCAGAGUGAAGGAAAAGCAGCCAACAAGUGCUCAGCAUACGUGGGAACUCCUUGAAGACUGUUGGAAAAGCAUUCCAGGUGAAGCUGGUUGAAAAAAUGCCAAGAGUGCAAAGCUGUCAUCAUGUCAAAGGGUGGCUAUUUGAAGAAUCUCAAAUAAAAAAUAUAUUUUGAUCUGUUGAACACUUUUUUGGUUACUACAUGAUUCCGUAUGCGUUAUUUCAUUGUUUUGAUGUCUUCACUAUUAUUCUACACUGUAAAAAAUAGUACAAAUUAAGAAAAACCCUUGAAUAAGUAGGUGUGUCCAAACUUCUGACUGGCACUGUAUGUGUGAAAUUUGUUUUGAUUUAGAAUGGACCAUUAUCAUGCACCUGUCUCAAAACAGGGGCAUCGGAAAGAAAUACACGUCAUCUAUGCACUUAAAUAGUGAAUGGAGGACGCUUUUCCCUUGGUUCAUUUUCAUGCAAGCCAUGUAGGCUUGUUGUAAAGCGAAGCAAUGUGCUUAAUAUCAGGAAAGUUGAGAAAUUAAUAUAGUAGGCUUAGCCUAUAGAAAGCUGAUGGGAUCCUCCUUUUUUCAAUAGAGGCCAUCACUCAGUUUUCUCACACAAUUGCAUAGCCUAUAGAAAUGUUGCGCAACAUGAGCUCAUGGGCUCUCAUGAAGUGUUCGAUUAGAUUUUCGAUUACAUUUACAUUAAUGUAAGGCCCUCCUGUAGCUCAGUUGGUAGAGCAUGGUGCUUGCAACGCCAGGGUUGUGGGUUUGAUUCCCACGGGGGCCCACUAACUGUAAAUCGCUUUGGAUUAGAGCGUCUGCUAAAUGACUAAAAUGUAAAUGUAAUGUCAGAGUGAAUAGAGGGACAAUAGAGUGCUGAGUAUCAGGCAGUUAGCAAGUUUGGUAGGCUACUAAUGACCAUCAGCAGCAUCAGAGCUUGGAGAAGCCUAAUUACCGUUACUAAACGGUCACGUGGAAUUUGACUGCCGUCAUGACUUGUGACCGCCGGUGUGGUGGUAAUACGGUCACUGUAACAGCCCUACGUCUGACAACUGCCCACAAAAUAUCGCUCUGUUUUCUAAGAAUAUUUCUCAGAACAAGGCUCGAACAAAUUACUAAGACUAGUAAGGCCAGCGUGUUGUUAUUCAUUUGUUCUUAGAAUGCCGCAAUUAAAAAAAAUUGACACACCUUCUUCUCAUUAGUGGCCUCUCAAAUGUGUAUAUAAGGAAGCAUGCUGGGAAUGAUUCAUGAAGUGGCAUGAGUCUCACCAUGGAAAUAAAGGAGGAUUAGAGCAAUAACAUCUACAUACGUGGUCAAACAAAGUUGGGUUGAGGAAAAUCACGUCAUUGGCACGUCAUUGACACAUCAAUUCAAUGCUUUUGCUGACAGUCAAAAUCUCUCUAGAAUGGCAAUUUACCUCACAUACAUUCACACAACAUAGCAACCAAACAGACCCCACAUACAUUCACACAACAUAGCAACCAAACAGUGAGCAAUUGUUUAACAUUGUACAUCAUUCAUUUGAACCAUGUCAUUCACUGACAUUCAUAGAUAGAAAUGGUGUAACAAAAGCAUGAAGGAUUUGUCUUCUUAUCUCUGAUAGUAAACAUUCCCUGUCUUAGUUGUCAGUCAUACAGUAGACUAGAGCCUUGAUGGCCUGCAGCAUCAACACCAUUCUCUUUGAAUCCUUGAACGAUUUGGCAUUUCUAAUUCCAGUCUGCUGCGAUUUAUCUAAUCAAGGUUGUCCUAUGAAUGUUUUGGAGAUAAUGAAGAUUGGGGAAGACGUGACAUUUUAGAGAGAUGGCACAUUCGUGACGUGUAUUGGGCAAGGUUUUCACACCAACACGCUUGUGUUAGGGUACAUCUUUAAAAAGGUCAAUCUUUAGCAAUGGCUUCAUGGACAACAUUGACUUAAAUCCAUAGAUGGAGAUGGUCUAUGUAGGUACUGUGACUGUAUGCCAAUACUCUAUAGUGCAUUAGCUUCAGAAAUCACAGGGCUGACUCCACUAUUUCAUGAUGUCAGGGGACCAAGUCUGUUGAUUGUGGGUUUUAAAGAUAAUAAUUCAAAAGGGGUUGUGUUUACUAGGAAACAAAAGUAACAAAACAGACUCAAUCAUUUUCGUUUUUCAUUGCAAAACAUUUCAAACGUUCUCCGUUGCGUGCCCUUAUAAACACAACUCUGUCUCAUACCCUCUGAAUCUUUCCCCACCAGCCCCAUCAAUGCCGGAGUACGAGACCGACAUGCCCCCUCUUAACGAGACGGACACCACCAUCACAGUUCUGCUGAAGCCUGCGCAGUCCAGAGGAGCUCCCGUC